GGCAAGCAGCAGCAGCAGCAGCAGCAGAGCCAGCGUAAGGCAGGUGUUAAAUGCCAAAAGUAAACAACAAGUAGAUUCCAGAGUAAAGAGAAACCGACACGCCGGACGCCGGCUUGCAGAGCGCGGAAAAGGCCGAGAGGAAGAGGAAGGAGAGCGAACCGUGUAACUAGUGCAGCUGAAUAGCAAUGCUCCUGUAUUAUGCAGUUUUGGUACUUGCUGUCGCUGGGUUGGGUCGAUCCAGUGACGAGGAUUGCAAGGGAUGCGUACCCCUCGACUCUCACUCAUUUGAUAAGGUAAUUCCAAAAUUCAAAGUAGCUCUAGUUAAAUUUGACGUGGCUUUUCCAUAUGGUGAAAAACACGAGGAGUUUGCCAAGGUUGCUGCGGCAACAAAAGAUUCUGCAGAUCUUUUAGUGGCAGAAGUUGGCAUCAAAGAUUACGGUAAAAAAGAGAAUUCCGACUUGGCACAGCGCUAUGGUAUAACCAAGGAUGAUUUUCCUGCUGUUCGUUUGUUCUUGCAAGGAAAACCUGAACCUAUACCGUUUGUUCAGAAAUUAGAUUCUGAUUUCACUGCUGAAAAUUUGAAAAGAUUUAUUAGAGCACGAACGGAUGUUUAUUUGGGAUUGCCAGGAUGCGUUGAACAGCUCGACAGGUUGGCGGAAGAAUUUAAAAAUAGUCAGGAUAAGGAGAGACAGGAAAUACUGAGUAAAGCUAAAAUUUUUGAAGAAACAUUACCUGAAGAACAUCGCAAUGCGGCUCAUGUUUAUGUAAAGACGAUGGAGCGAAUAAUGGAAAGAGGCGAUGUGUUUGUACAGUUGGAACAAUCGAGACUGGAGGGAUUAUUGAAAGGAAAGAUAUCCAAGGACAAGAAACGUAAUAUGGAAGAAAGGCGUAACAUCUUACAAUCAUUCGCACAAAGAGAUGAACUUUAAUUUAAUUAAUUAUUAUUUAUUCAUCGAGAGAAUUUAUGAAACUAGUUGAGACUUUAAAAAGCCUUACUUGAAUGAAUCGAACUUUUGAUGAUUCCGCACUGUGAUAAUUCAAAUGAAAGUCUUCAGCGAAAUUGAAGUCUUGUCUUUGUGCAUAUGUAUGUACAUUCCUAUGAGAACUCCUUAUCAACAGUCAGAAGAUCCAUAAGUUUGUCACUAUUCUCUGCGCAUCUUUGGAAACAAAAUCGAAUUUCAACAAAAAAAAUUUUGAUCUUUGGCUAUUUCGAACAACGAGACAUGCAAGUUUCCGUUAUACCCGAUUCCUGUGCGUCAUAUGAUAUGUACAUUUCCUAUAAGAGCUUAAGACUGCCAUCAAUUUGUACAGAUUGAAUCAAUGUAAGGG